AUGGAUCACCAAACUGAACAGCAACACCAACCACGAUCAUUCUGGGAUUUCCGAACCCAGCAGCUUGCUGCGGAUUCAUGGUCACUCACUCUCAAUAACGUCGACAUGUUCGAAGAACAUUGGGACACUUGGUUCGAUAUGCACCUCACCGUACCGCCAGAAGGCUCAGCAGAGCCUCAUUUCGAUAUCGUACCGGAAGGCGAAGAGCCGAUUGUGCCAGUUGGACCCGAUGACGACGAUUCUGACAAUGAAGAUGGAGGGCUGUUCGGGUUUCAUCAGAGCGAUUUUGACGUGGACGAAUUUGAUGAAGAUGAAAGAAUAAACGGCCAUUGGAAAACGCACGUGCUUGGUGCUUAUCCCUUCACACCCGGUUUGGUUGACGUGGACAGCUACAAUGACACUGACGAACGACGUAUUGUUCAAGUGCUGAUCCAAAACAACUUCACAAGAACUGAUCAGCUGGAGGCUUGUAAGCUGCCGGGGUGGUCGCAGUAUAUGCUCCUAUAUCGUAUUGCCAAGAUUGUUUUGCAAGUCUAUAUAAAUCGCAAAGAGGAUGUUACCCACCCGAUCAUGGGUAGCACCAACAGAGCUUGUACUGAUGCCCUCAAGACGGUGAACCGAAACUUUGGGAAUUUCAAUGGAAUCAAAUACAAGAAAAUGAAGUUUCUAAUCACUCAACGACAGCGACGAGUCCAUCUCUUCGAACUGGAUGUGAAGAAUUACCUAAAGUAUUUCCGCACCGUGAAGCUUCGAGGCGAUGCUCGUUUGAAUAUAGGGAGCAAUGGCAAGGUCAUCCGGGUGAUGUACCAUCACCGCCUGGAUAAGUGGAAGAUCUUGUGGAGUGUCCAAGUCGAUCCCGAGCCACAGCAGCCAGUGACGCACGCCGUUGCCUUAGACCCAGGCGUCCGAACACCACACGCCUGGUAUAGCCCGACGUUGGGGGCAGGAUUGCUUGCACCAAACGCAGUGAAGCGAUUCUACCGAUUGGCUGCGGAGCUUGAUGGCCUCAUUUCGAAGCGUGAUCGUGCGUAUAAUGAAAGAAGCAAAGCAUCCCACAAGCAUGUUUCGUGCGAAGCUGAAAGAGAGAGCUGCUGUGCACGGUGCAACGAUUAUUGA